AAGAUGGUCAUGUGACUGCAGUGGGCGGAGUUUAAACGUGUCGUAAAGCUACAGUGGCUGAAUUUCGAUUCCAUUUUGAAGUUUUAUUACUUUGUGCAGCUUUACAGCUGAUCCAGUUGUCUCCUCUUCUCCUCCAGCUGAUCCAGUUGUCUCCUCUUCUCCUGAAUGACCCGCAAAGAUGGACAAGGACAGGAAUGAGACGACUAAGAGAAUAUUACACUUCACCUUGGAGAUCCUCCACCUGCUGACCGGAGAGGAUUACACCAUAGUGAAGAAGACAUGGGGGGAGUGUGUGGACCCCAGCAGUCAUCUUCAUGAGUCAGGAGGACAGAGCAGGGCCCGGGGCCCCAUCAUGGAGCCUCCACCUCUCUCACUGAUACAAGAGGAGAAGAUCCUAGAACUCACCCACAGGAUCACUGAGCUGCUGACUAGAGAGGUUCCUAUAAGGUGUCAGGAUGUGGCGGUCUAUUUCUCCAUGGAGGAGUGGGAGUAUGUAGAAGGACACAAGGAUCUGUACCAGGACAUAGUCAUGAUGGAGGAUCACCGGCCCCUCACAUCACAAGUCAGCACCGCACAGUCCAGUCCGUAUUGUGAGGUCCAUAUGGUGCAGUCCAGUCAGCAUCGAGUAGUCCAGUCCGUAUCCUGCAGUCCAGUCCGGAACAUUCCAGUCCAGUCUGUAUCCUGCAGUUCAGUUCCCAGCGUUCCAGUGCAGUCCACAUUGUGCAGUUCAUACAGCAGCGUUCCAGUUCAGUCCACAACGUACAGUCCAUACAGCAACGUUCCAGUCCAGUCCGUAUUGUACAGUCAAGUCAACAGUGUUCCAGUCCAGUCCUCAUGGUGCAGUCCGAUUGGCAUGCUUCCAGUCCCACCGUGCAGGCCUGCGGUACACCGGCGUCGUGCUCAGAACCACAGACUACUCCAGAACAGGCAGAAAAUCUCCAUUAAAACCAAGCAGGAAAUCCUCAAAAAGUACGACAGCGGGAUGAAGAUCAGCCAGUUAGUGCAACACUAUGGCUUCUCACAAUCAACAGUGUCCACGAUCGUGAAGAGCCGCGACACGCUCAACAGCAUCAAAGUGACCGACCAGUCAACCACCGUGCACAAGGGUCGAGACCUCAUCGUGGAGAUGGAGCGGCUGCUCUAUCUGUGGAUCGAGGAAAAGCAGAUGACAGGUGACACCGUCCCUGGAAACGUCAUCUGUCAAAGGGCAAAAUGUAUUUUUGAAGAGCUGAAAGCAAAGGCAGAAUCGAGUGGUGACACCGCCGGCGCCAACCGGUAUAAAACGUUCAGAGCCAGCAAAGGUUGGUUUAAUCGCUUCAGGCAGAGGUGUGAGGUGAGGAGCGCCGCACAAAUUCUAAAUCAACAAGCAGCCGAUUUCUUUAAGCUGGAAUUUCAGUGUCUGGUGGAGGACGAAGGCUACUUACCGCAACAAGUCUUCAAUUGUGCCGAAACGGGGCUGUUCUGGAAGAAGAUGCCGAAGCGAACGUUUAUCACCAGAGAAGAAGUCGGAGUUCCUGGACAUAAGCCAAUGAAGGACCGACUGACCCUCCUGGUGGGCGCCAAUGCGUCGGGAGAUUUUAAACUGAAGCCGAUGUUGGUUUACCAUACGGACACGCCGAGAGUCUUUGAAGAGAAGAAAGUCAUUAAGGACAAUCUCGGUGUGUUUUGGCGCUGCAACAAGAAGGCCUGGGUCACCGGACAUGUGUUUUAUGAAUGGGCUACCGAAGUGUUUUGCCCUUUGGUAAUGUCCUAUCUGGAGAGGAACCAACUACCCCUAAAAGCCCUUCUUCUGGUAGACAGCGCCCCUGGUCACGACCCGGCACUGGCAGAAUCCUUGGCCCAGUUCGGCUUCAUUACGGUCAAAUUUCUUCCUCCAAACACCACUCCUCUUCUUCAACCCAUGGACCAAGAGGUCAUCUCAACCUUCAAGAAGCUCUACACCAAGAAGAUGUUUGCUGAAUGCUCCGAGGCCACCGAAGCCGACAAAAACUUGACUCUGAAAGAGUUUUGGAAAACACAAUUCACAAUCUUGGACGGCGUGAGGCUGAUUGUGAGCGCGUGGAACGACGUUCCCACCCGCGUGCUCAAUUCUGCUUGGAAACCUAUGUGGCCGUCUGUCGUGUGUGAUGCGGAUGAUUCCGUGGCACAAGGAGACGACAUUGAGCAGGAAAUUGUGGAUCUGGCGCAGUCGAUGGGUCUGGAGGUGGAUGAAGAUGACGUGGAGGAACUGAUCCAAGAUCACGAGAAGGAAUUGACCACAGAAGAGUUACGUGAGCUCGAGAAGGAACUGAUCACAGAAGAGCUGCUGGAGCUCGAGAAGUCGGCGGAGCGCUACCUUGGUGAAGAGGACCUUGGUGAAGACGACCGUGGUGAAGACGACCGUGGUGAAGACGACCGUGGUGAAGAGGAACAUGGUGAAGAUGACCAUGAUGUCACUGAUCAGGAGAUGGAGGAUCUCUUUCCUUCCUGGGAAGUUGUGAAGAUCGUCGUCUGAAAACAUUCGGCGAUUUGUGUGAAUAUGAAGACAAGGUGCUGAGCAGAAAACCUGCAGAAAAAAACACCAGAGACAAAACACGUUGGGCACUGUUGGGAAAAAUUGAUAAUGGGAUCGAUUAAUCGAGCACUGAUUCAUUGUUAAAGGGGCACUCGGUCUCUCAGCCGGCUCCCAGCGGGGAAUAUAAAGUAAUGUUGUGGUAAUUUUAUAUUCCCUGACAGGAGCUCUGAUUGGUCGACGCCAAUUGAUCAGAGCUCCCAGCAGCGAAUAUGACAUCACAGCACUGUAACUUCAUAUUUCCGUGCUCGAUGUGCAGUGCUGACCCAAAAAAUGUGGCCCAAAGCCAGAACAUUUGUAACUAGUUUUUUGCUUAAAGGAGUACUCCGCCCCUAGACAUAUUAUCCCCUCCCGAAAGGAUCUCGGGGGAUCUCCCUGCAGCACCCGGUGUACAUCACGGCUAUGCCCUCUCAGGAUGUCACACUACGCCCCCUCAAUGCAAGUCUAUGGGAGGGGGUGUGCCAAGUCUAUGGGAGGGGGUGGCCCAAAUCUAUGGGAGGGGGCAUGGCGUGAUGGCACAAGCCUUUGGUGCCGCAAUGUCAGUCAUCCGGAAUGGAGCAAAGUUCGUUCCGUUCACCAGAUGUCUUGGGUGCUGCAGCCGCGAUCGUGGGGGUCCCAGUGGAGGGACCCCCGGGACCAAACAUCUUAUCUCCUAUCCAAAGGAUAGGGGAUAAGAUGUCUAGGGGCAGAGUACCCCUUAAAGCAAAACACUAGUUACACAUGUUCAGGCAUUAUGACAUUUAUAACAAAUUUUUUGGGUCAGAGCUGCACUUUGAGCACGGGAAUAUGAAGUUACAGUGCUGUGAUGUCAUAUUCUCCGCCAGGAGCUCUGUUUGGUCGACACCAAUUCACCAAUCAGAGCUCCUGUCGGGGAACAUAAAAUUACCGCACCAUAACUUCAUAUUCCCCGCUAGGAGUCAGCCGGCCAGGCAAAGUAAGGAAAAGGACCUUUUCUUAGAUGGCAUUAUGCCCUAACUGAUGGUGCCCGGACCUCGAACAGAACGGACAGUUCGUUAAAAAGCUGUCAGUGUUUUCCAACCGGGGUGCCUCCAGCUGUUGCAAAACUACAACUCCCAGCAUGACUUGCAGUCUUUGGAUGUCUGGGCAUGCUGGGAGUUGUAGUUUUGCAACAGCUGGAGGCACCCUAGUUAAAAAAAAACACUGUUCAUACCUUGUUCACUUGUUUUUAUAUGCCUACUGUUCAAACUUUUUAAAUUAAAGCCCAUUUUGCUGUU